AUGAAUUUCAAAAGGAAAAAGAGAAGAAAGGAUCAAAAUAUGAGUGAGUUGACUUCUCCUAAUUUCAAAGAGGAAAACAACGAAAUCAAACCAAAAAGUAAGGAAAAAGAAUAUUCCAAGAGAGAUUAUAUUCAACAUUCAAAUUUACAAAAUACCUGGCAAUGA